AUGUCUGUUCAACAGUGGGUGACGCCCCUCGAGGGCCUCAACAGUCUUCGCCGAAGCGAGGCGCCAAUGCCGACGCCAGGAAAGGGCCAGGUGUUGGUGGAGGUCCAUGCCGUGUCUCUAAACUACCGGGACGUGGAAGUUACCAAGGGUGAAUAUAAGCAUCACAAAACCGCCGAGCAGAAUGCUACCAUCGUGCCCUGCUCGGAUAUGUGCGGCGUGGUUACCCAGGUGGGAUCCGACGUGUCUCAAUGGACCGUAGGCGAUCGUGUGCUUUCGACUUUCCUGCCCGAGCAUCAGACAGGCCAAGUCACCGAGAAAGAGCUCGCGGGCAGCCUCGGCCUCCCGCUGAACGGCGUCCUCACCACGCACCGAGUAUUCCCCGCACACGGUCUUGUCCCAGCUCCCAGCUAUAUGUCAGAUGAAGAGGCAUGCACGCUACCGAUCGCCGCGGUCACGGCCUGGAUGUCCGUCAAUGGAAUGCGGCCGAUGGGCCGGAGCGGUGGAAAGGACGAGUAUAUCCUUCUUCAGGGUACGGGUGGCGUGGCGAUUGCAGGACUGCAGAUUGCAAAAGCGGCAGGCGCAAAGGCCAUUAUCACCUCCUCGUCCGAUGUCAAACUCGACCGGGCCAAACAGCUCGGGGCCGAUUUGACCAUCAACUACCGCACUAAUCCCGACUGGGAAACCGAGGUGAUGCAAUGGACCGGCAACCACGGCGCCGAUAUCAUUCUCGAGACUGGUGGGGCCCAGACUCUGAGGAAGAGCUUCGACUGUAUCGCCUUUGGAGGCUUGAUUGACUGCAUUGGCUACGUCUCGGGUAAGGUGGAUGCGCCGGAAGACCGACUGAACGUCAACCUGUUGGCACUACGCCGCACGGUGACCCUCAAGGGCAUUAUCAACGGCCCCAAGGAUCGGUUCGAGGAGAUGAUCCAGUUCUACGAAACACAUCAGAUCCACCCGGUGGUCAGCCGCAUCUUCACCUUCACCGAAGCCAAGGAGGCGUUCGAGUUUCUGGAAAGCGGCAGCCACUUUGGGAAAGUAGUGAUUCAAGUCAAAUCGUAG